AUGAAUGAAAUGCUGCUGAAAAAUUGGCCAUUUGACAGAUACAGAGAACUAGGUAUGCUGAUAAAUAGAAAACAUGAUGAGUUUAAGUUUCAGAUCGAUGAGGAUUCAUUGGAAAUUUGGAUAUUCUUAGAAAUAAAGAGUUUAAUGCAGUUGGAGGGGCUGAUAUUUAAUGAGGCGACUGGUCUGUAUUCUCCUGUCAGUGAAUCGACUCACGUGCCGAACCUGGACAGUACUGUGCCGCAGUUUGAAGCACCAUCCCCUUCACACAGCAGUAUUAUAGACUCAACAGAAUAUUCCCAGCCUCCGGGCUUUGGUGGAAGUUCGCAGGGAAAGAGACAAACAUGGUACAAUAACACACUGGCCUCCAGACGCAAGCGGUUAACUGCUCACUUUGAGGAUCUUGAGCAGUGCUAUUUCUCGACCAGGUUAUCCCGUUUGUCAGAUGAAACAAGAUCAGUAAAUCAGCUGGAAGAAUUUCAGGAGUGCCUUUCAAAGUUUACACGAUACAGCUCUGUGAGGCCCCUGGCCACCCUCUCCUAUGCCAACGACUUGUACAACGGCUCAAGUAUUGUAUCCAGCAUUGAAUUUGACAGAGAUUGUGAUUUCUUUGCCAUCGCUGGUGUGACAAAGCGGAUCAAGGUGUUUGAGUACGGGACUGUGAUCCAGGAUGCUGUGGACAUUCAUUAUCCAGUCAAUGAAAUGACCUGCAACUCUAAAAUCAGCUGUAUCAGCUGGAGCAGUUACCACAAGAACCUGUUAGCAAGUAGUGACUACGAAGGGACAGUCAUUCUCUGGGAUGGAUUCACAGGGCAGAGAUCAAAAGUCUACCAGGAACAUGAAAAGCGAUGUUGGAGUGUGGAUUUUAAUCUAAUGGAUCCCAAACUGCUCGCUUCAGGUUCUGAUGAUGCUAAAGUGAAGUUGUGGUCUACAAACCUGGAUAACUCUGUGGCAAGCAUUGAAGCAAAAGCCAACGUUUGCUGUGUUAAAUUCAGUCCCACCUCCAGGUACCAUCUGGCCUUUGGCUGUGCAGAUCACUGUGUUCAUUACUAUGACCUGCGGAACACUAAACAGCCUAUCAUGGUGUUUAAAGGACAUCGCAAGGCAGUGUCAUAUGCCAAGUUUGUAAGUGGAGAAGAAAUAGUUUCAGCGUCUACAGACAGCCAGUUGAAGCUUUGGAGUGUGAACAGGCCUCACUGCUUAAGGUCCUUUAAGGGUCACAUCAACGAAAAGAACUUUGUGGGUUUGGCAUCGAAUGGGGAUUACAUUGCCUGUGGAAGUGAAAACAAUUCUCUCUACCUCUACUAUAAGGGGCUUUCAAAAACACUGCUCACCUUUAAGUUUGACACAGUUAAAAGUGUCUUGGACAAGGACAAAAAGGAGGAUGACACCAAUGAAUUUGUCAGUGCUGUGUGUUGGAGAGCAUUACCAGAUGGGGAAUCAAAUGUCCUAAUAGCUGCAAACAGCCAAGGCACAAUAAAGGUUCUGGAGCUGGUUUGAGGGGAGAGAGCACUCGUCAUACCUCCCAUGUCAUUGUUGCUAUGGAGGCUCCCUCGUUGGAAUUGAUUAAAACACAUUGAUGGUAUCCCAACCUCCUGUUCAUCAUGAUCCUUCACCAGCAGCAGCAGUGCGAGUGCCAGGACGGUGUAAGCGGUUAUCCUCCCUGUGGAAUCAGCACCAUAUGAUGAGGGUGAAUGAAUCAUGAACAAUCUUUUCACAAACUGAAAUCUCUGAAGAAUAAGGAACUUGCAUUUUCCAUAGACUAAUGGGCCAGGUGUAACUGCAAUGAUGUAAAGUCUGUCUUGUAUUUCAUAGAGAUGAUUGCAAUAAACAGUGCAAUUGGCUUCCCACGGGGCAGGACUAGAGAGAAGAAAGUAGGCCAUUCCUUUCUGUGUCAGUUGAUAAAGGCUUGCCCAGGUAACUUGACCACAGUUUGGUUUAGGGGCUCCAUUUGAGCCCCUGUUCAGAUGGUGACUGGGUUUGAAGUCAUUAAUUUUAACCUGAGUUUGUUUGGAUUGGUGACAGAGUCUGAACGUCAUGAAAGUGUGUUUUUCUUUAACAACAUACCUCAGAUUCCAGGAGUUGGAUGAGUGUGAACUUCAUUGACACUAGCUUUCUGUGAGACAGACAGAGAUCAGAACAAAUACAAGCAUUUCAAACAGUGGCGAUGCUGUGGAGUCUGUGAUAUCCCUGGACUUUAAACAUAUCGACCUGUCGCGGCACUUGAUGUAACAUGUAAUGACAGAAGAUUGUACGGAUCACUCAAGGCAGCGGUUUGCACAGGCCCAAAGGAACGGCAAUUCCUGCAGGGAGACUAGACUUGAUGUGGUGUGGCAUUGACGGAGGACAGGGCGAGGAUGAG